GCAACCGGGCGACUGCCUACAUGUUUGGUGUUUGCGUAUGCUGGCGGCUGACGAUUUAAGAGAUGGCUGAACUUGGGUUGAAUGACCACCAUCAAAAUGAAGUAAUCAAUUACAUACGCUUUGCUCGAUCCAGAAGGGCUUUGCGACUCAAAACAGUAGACUCUUGUUUUCAGGAUCUGAAGGAUAGUAGGUUGGUAGAGGAUACUUUUACUGUUGAUGAAGUUGCAGAAAUGUUGCAAGGACUUCAAGCAGUGGUGCAUGGUGAAGUGGAUCUGGAACUUAUCAACUCUGCCCACACAAAUUUUCUACUGCUCCGCCAACUGUUUAUGCAAGCAGAAAAGUGGUACCUAAAACUUCAUACAGAUAUUUCAGAACUUGAAAACAGAGAACUGUUGGAGCAAGUUGCUGAAUUUGAAAAGGCUGAAUUUUCUUCAUCCAGCAAAAAGGCAAAUACAGAGAUGAUUAAACCAAAACUUGCACCCCUUUUUGAAGGUGGAUCAUCAGAGCUGCUUAACAAGGAGAUUGCAAGACUACA